AUGGAUUAUCAAGAACCUUUUUGUGGCUGCUUUUCAGAUCUUUAUAGCUGUCUAAUUCAAGAUGCAGUGCCUUGCGGAGGUUGCAUUGUAAAUGCUAUGGCAACUGUGAAUGCUACAGGGGAGAAAUUUUGGGGACUUUGUGCUAUCAAUGCUUUAACUUGCUGCAUCGGCAUGGCAAAUAAUAGACAAAAGAUAAGAAAUAAGUUUGGAAUGAACGAAGAUUGGACAACUGACUGCGUUUCAUAUCUUUUCUGCAAUUUAUGCACAGUGACUCAAGAUUAUAGAGAAGUUGAAAAUCGAAAUCUGAUGAGUCCUAACUAA